AUAGUCAUUGUUUGACAGUUUGCAAUGAACAUAUUUUGUUUUAUAUUUCAGAGCUUAUAAAUGUAACCUUGUUUAGGCACAGAAGACUCAAAACUCAAAAUUUGUUGGUAACUUUGAGAUUGCGAUGUAAUGGAUCUUUCCAAAACUCAACAGAAGUACAAACAUUACGCAUGCCUCUGUGUUUCAGUUAUGGGGCAAAGAAGAUUUAGAAUAUCGGUAAUUAAGACUUUAUAUUAUAUUUCUUGAUAGUUAGUUGGUUCAUAACUUCAAUAUUUCAUUAUGUUUAUUUGACGCGAUUUUUGUAAAUAUAAGUAACUUGGGUAACCUUGCACUCAUAAUUCUUUUGGUUUUUGAGUGACUUAAUUAUUGCAUAAUUUAUCAAUCAUCCCUUUGAGAUGGGUGCCCUUAUCCCUUCUCCGGAAGCAGGAGAUGCAUCAGUUAUCAUACCACAAAUGAAGAAAUGUUCUAUUACUGAUGAUUCUUCUAAGAGUUUUGUUUCUAUGUCAGAGAGAGACAUAGUUAAUCAAAGAUCUUUGAUGUCUGCUUCCACUUAUAACUGCAUUAAUGAUGUGGACAAAGUUGCAUACAAGCACAUGAUUUUAAUGGGAGACAGUGUUUUCGAUGAGAUGAGCAAUUCAACAAUUUAUGAUAAAUGCCAGUUUCCAUAUUAUAGAUUUCCAGAUGCAGUUCUAGUAAAGGAUGUUGGUGUGUCAUGUAUGCUUUUAGAUGAGGAUACCCCAGUGAUACAUAUUCCUGAGACCAAAACCCUCAUUAAACAACUUAAGAAAGAGUACAACGAUUUAUCUGAUAUUACAAAUAAAAUAACUACAUAUACAAAAGACAUCUUAGGCCAACUAAGAAAAAAAGACAAGAGAAAACGAGAAUUACUUCAACACCUGAUGGCUUCAAAACACGCAAUUUCGUCACAGUACAUUGAUGAUAAAGGCAACCUCUGUUUAAAAUUAAGACUUUUAAGUAAUACUGGAACACAAUAUACUCCUGAACACAUUCUUAAAAAUUUGGAAGAUGCACUCAAAGACAAAUGUGUUGCAAAGAAACUGCAUUGUAAACGCUCUUCCACCCAAAUUCUACACAAAGAUAAAACACCAACCCUGAAAAUCAGGGAAAAAUCAAAACAUGAGAAGGAUGUUCAAACAGAAAUUCACAAAGAAGACAUGGAAACAAGUACAAUAGAUUCAUCAUCACCCAGUAGUUCAUCCGUUUACAACUACUUAAUGAUGAGAAAAGGGAAAGCAUCAAAUGGAAAGCUUAAAGCUGUAUCAACAAAACUAGAUGAUGCAGAAAAAUAUUGGAAUAAUAAAACCAGAAGUAAUAAUAAAGACUGUAAGGAGCAUUUAAAAAGGUGCGAUCCAGUGAUAUUUACUAACUGGAAAGAAAUUUCAAAAUCUAAACAAUCUAAAAUUAAAGCAUCAUCUGUUAUUUCUGAUGAAUCACAAGAAAUGACAACUACAAAGAAGGCAACAUCACAGUGCAAUCGCAAUAUAAUUAACAAUUUACCCAAUACAAAGAUUCAUAGUGUUAAUAUUCGUAUUGUGAAACAAAGGAAGAGACCUACAUAACUUUUGUAUAUUUUUCUUUUUAGUUACAUUUACUUUUAAUAAAUAUUUUUAUACCAUUACAAGUUUUUUAAAU